AUGGCUGCUCGCGAGUUCAGUCUUGCAUUCGAAACCACUCCUCCAGCCGCAGUACGUCCAGCUUUGCCAUUCACCAUCCCCGUCGUCAUAGCCGUUCGACCAAUUGGCACACCCACAAACGUGCAGCACCUGGUGGUGAAUGCCUCAUUGCGCGACGAAGCCGGAACCGGCCCAGCUCUCGGACUCAACGGCAGUCUGACCGCGAGCGUGAUCAGCCGCGCCGGUACCCCAACAAGCGGCUAUGCCAAAUUCCCUUCCCUCGCCAUCUCACGGCCAGGCAAGUAUCGGCUGCGCGUGAUGCUGAGCGCGGCAUCAGUCAACGGGGUCGUCACCAAAGAGUUUGUCGAUUCGGGGGUCAUUCAUGUUCACGCAGCUGCGCCGGCUGCUCAACGGCCAACUCCCACUCAGGUUGUGACGCUUCAACGACUUACAGUUGAAAAUCUGGGUAUCUCCACUGCGGACAUUACCAAAUGGAAAUCAGCGUGA